UAGUCGCUUUGCCGCUUGGAGUGGCACGAGUGCCGACCAUACGGAGAGGGCGAGAGAGGUAACCGCCGACGAACACCGACUAAUAUGUGGAGUGAAUGCAGUGUUUUGUGACGUAAUAAGUGCACCUCGUCAAAACAGGCCAGGAGACCCAGCUAUGGAUACUAACAACACGAUCUCAACGCAGUGGCAUAUUCCACGGCCGUCGCUGAGCUCCAGCGGCAGCUGCGACUCGCGGUCUCGCGGCGGCUCCUCCUCGAGUCAAGGCUCAUCGAGCAAUCACAGCACACACAGCGCCUCAUCGGGAUCUCUGCUGCUAAACGCUGCGCAGCUCGCACGUACCGCGAGGCAUCCCAAAGAGGAGUACGGUUUGAAUGCCAACCGUGCACUCCCGAAGCACACCAACGUGGUAUCAAUACCCGAAGAGCCAAGCGACGCAUUCUGGUCGGACGUCAAAAGAGGCUCAAUAGCUCAGAAGGACGCGACCUCUAUAGCCAGUUCCACACAUUUCACCGUAGUGAACGGCUUCACCAAGCCGUGCUCCACCAAAGAACCAAAGACGUGCUGCUGUGAUCACUCACACCAAAUCACCGUUCUGGUUAUAUCGAUGACGAUACUGUUCUCCGCGUGUAUAUUAGCUGCAAUAUGUUUUGUAGAAAUGCGAAUGCGAAAGGAGACGGGCAUAUACAAAUAUUCUUGAAGACGAUAAACAUUCAACGACCUACGAAGCCAAAUUUUCGCUACGUUGACACGAAGAUUGUUAUGCAAUCUUGUAGGAAAACGACGCUUAAAACAACGAAAAGAACACUUAGUAUAAUCUUUAACAUAUUUUUUGAACGAUACGAUUCUACUAUAUCAAAGGACAAGACAUACCUAUUACAUAAGUACUUCAGUCUAACUUUGAUGAAUUUGAUGAUGGGUUUGUUUUUAUAAACCUUAAAUUGUAGAGGUGUUUGUACUCAUAAUAUAUUAAGGUAAAUUAAUUAUUUUAUUUUAAGUGUGUAACAUUGACCAGUGUUUUUAUUUAUCGAUACUGAAACGAGUUAAGUUACGAUUACUGAAAGCUCCACUGGAUGGGCGACCACUAAGAUCUGUAAAUUGUAAUACACAUCGAAAUAGAGUACUGUAUAAUAAAUA